CCUCGAGGAACCCACGGCCAACACAAACAGUGCGUGGGGGAACACAGGCAACUUCACUGGCGAGAGCUGGGAUACGGCAGCUCCGGAGGGCGAGCCGGGCCCGUGCCGAGGGCCGUGAACCGAACCUAUCCGCACCGCCCCGCGCUGCAGGCGGCUCCGCACACGGCUGCGCGCCGAGCUGCUGCAGAGCGGCGGGAGGGAGCUCGGAAAUGCAAAUCCGCGCUCUGCGGGGGGGAUCCCGGCGCACCGGCCGGGCUGGUUUGGCUGCAUUUAUGCCCUCGACCUUCGAGGGUUUUACCGGCGUUUACCUUCUAACCAGCAGCGUGAUUCACCCCCACGAACCCCGAGGCGCUGCCCGGAGACGAACUCGAGAACGCGUCAGACCGGGCAGAGCCCACCCGUCGGUCGGUACCCGCUGGCUUUUUAUGAAAAGCAGCGGCCCCCGCGCCUCACGGCCACGCCAGCUGUACGCACUCAGGCAGGCCGGCCGCAGCCGAGCCAGCGUGCGCCGACAGCAGCCGGCACGACGCCGCGCUGCAGAACCAGCUGCUUCCCCCUCCAGCGCCCACCGCGGAGGUGGGCGGCCGACGCCUUUCUCCCCCCCUCCAAGGACUACAACCCCCAGCAUGCACUGCUUGCAGGCGCGGCGCAUGCCGGGAUUUGUGGCUUUCCGGGCAGCCCGGCACAUGCGCGUGGGGUCGGAAGCCGCUAUGCCGGAGGGUAAGGGCGCGUUCCGGGAGGUGCUGCCCAAACAAGGGCAGCUGUCGGUGGAGGACGCUGCCGGCAUGGUGCUGUGCAAGCCGAAGGUGCUGCCCCUCAAAUCGGUAUCACUGGAGAAGUUGGAGCAGUUGCAGCAGCUGCAGCGCGCGGCCAUGGAGGCGUCGCGGCCGCCCGAAGGCACUGCGGGCCCCCAGCCGCAGCCUUAGGUUUGUCUGCACAGAUCAUUAAAACUCCUGAAUCUUCCAGCUCCACUGCGCUGAUCUCUGCCAAGCAAAUCAGCAAAACUGAGAGGAGAGGCAGGCCUUCAUCUGCUGCAGCACAUAAGCACACUGCUGGGGAUUCCAGCAGAGGCUCACUUCCCUCAGACACGUAUCCACCCUGCUCUUUUUGUUCCUCCACCUUCCCUAGUCUCUGUACCAGCCUGUCACACCCAGGUUAUAAGAUCCUGCUUUCAAACUGAGCGCCAGCACCUCUUUGUAAUAAAACAAGUACCUUGAAGGA